GACUAAUAGUGGAAAGCACCCAGCUCCAACAUAUUUAGCUGACAGUUCUCCUGAUGAUUUCUUCAGGUUUUGCUUCUUCCCGGGUUCAACCAAAAAAACAUCACCUCCAGUUUCAUGGCCACCUUCUAAAAUCUAUAUUCAAAUGGAUCUGAUCUGACCAGUUACCCUUUACCAAUUCCAAUUGCUCUCGUUCAAGCCAUAACAGGUUUCUUUCGUUUUUAGGUCCCUAAAAAAUUGCAGCUUUCAUUGAUUUCUUAUCAUUAUCUACUUAUUCCAGUCCUCAUUGAACACACUUUUUUAAUAAAAAACCAGACUUCCACAACAAAAUUUUAGUCCGAAAAUUUAAACUCAGUUUUACUGAGUCUUCCAAGUACCGCCCAUAUAGAAUCUUGCUCCUUUCUUGCUAAUCCAGUCACUUCGUAGAUCAAUUUUGUUAUAGACUAGAAGUAUGACUUCAGGUACGAGACUACCAACAUGGAAAGAAAGAGAGAACAACAAGAGAAGAGAAAGGAGAAGAAGAGCCAUUGCAGCAAAGAUAUUUUCUGGGCUAAGAAUGUAUGGCAACUACAAGCUUCCAAAACAUUGUGACAAUAAUGAAGUCCUUAAAGCCCUCUGCAAUGAGGCUGGCUGGACCGUCGAGCCCGAUGGCACUACUUUCCGUAAGGGAUGCAAACCUGUAGAACGCAUGGACAUUCUUGGUGUUUCUGCAACAACAAGUCCAUGCUCCUCGUACCACCCUAGCCCUUGUGCUUCCUACAACCCAAGUCCUGGAUCCUCUUCCUUUCCCAGUCCAGCUUCAUCCUCAUACGCUGCUAAUGCCAAUAUGGAUUGCAAUUCCCUCAUACCAUGGCUCAAAAACCUCUCAUCGGCAUCUUCAUCAGCUUCCUCCUCCAAGUUUCCUCAUCUAUACAUCCAUGGUGGCUCCAUAAGUGCUCCUGUUACUCCUCCUUUGAGCUCUCCCACUGCUCGAACUGCUCGAAUAAAAGCUGACUGGGAAGACCAAUCUAUCCGCCCAGGCUGGGGUGGGCAGCACUACUCCUUCUUGCCAUCUUCAACUCCACCGAGUCCUGGCCGCCAAAUUGUUCCCGAUCCAGAAUGGUUUAGGGGGAUUCGAAUACCACAAGGCGGUCCAACAUCUCCCACAUUCAGCCUAGUUGCCUCCAACCCAUUUGGCUUCAAGGAAGAGGCUUUAGCUGGUGGUGGAUCCAAUGGUGGAUCGCGCAUGUGGACUCCAGGUCAAAGUGGUACAUGUUCACCUGCCAUCGCAGCUGGCUCUGAUCAUACAGCUGAUAUUCCCAUGGCCGAGGUUUCAGAUGAGUUUGCAUUUCGAUGUAAUGCUACUGGUCUAGUGAAGCCAUGGGAAGGAGAGAGGAUCCAUGAAGAAUGUGGAUCAGACGAUCUAGAGCUUACGCUUGGGAACUCAAGAACCAGGUGAGCUGGCAUGAUAUUUGAUUAAAUAGAUCAAUUCUACUGUUGUUUACUUGAAUCUUGUUGAAAUGCAGAUAAACAAUUGCAAAAAUGAAAAUUCCCGAGUGAGCUUCCUUGCAUGAACUCUCAUUCUGUGUUUUUACUACUGAGUUGUAUAAGGGAUCUUGGUGAGUAAUUAAUUAGCCGUUGCUGCUCUCUGCUUGUUUAUUUAUUUUUCACUGUUUGCUUUAACUUAUUUCUAGAUAACACAUAGAGAUAGUGCUUCAAAGUGAGACGUGGUUUCACCCUUUCACUUGGUUAGUUUCACUCUAAAUUCUAUUGGAAGAACUGCUUCAACCGGUCGUCUUCCUUCAGUUUCUGGUUUGCCAUUGAAGAGUAAUGCUCAGUGACUCAAGUGAAUGGAAUUGUAAUUCAAUGCUUUUUGUGUAUUCUUUGGCAUUUGUAUUGUUCAUAUUAUCAUUUUCACUUCCGUUUUA